GUGUGAGUCAUAACUCCUAUAGAAUAGGACUGACGAUCGAUCGAGUUGUAGAAAAUCAAUUGAAUUGGAGACGAUAUCGACCAUCGCCAUUUCCAUGUAGCCGGAGCUUCGGCCGCUCCUCUCCUCUCAAGCCUCAUCAGCUGAGCCCCGAGGCCAAAAGAUGGGCCGAUAUGCCGCGGUUAAGGUUCAUGAGGAUGCGUGGAAGACAGGGCGACAAUCCUGGAAUUCCACGGUGAUGAGCUGGUCACACAGUGCAAAAGAGCUGUGGAAGAACCCAAGGGUAACAAUGAUCCGGAUCGAGGUGCUUGUCUCUUUGGUUGCUGGUGUCAUGCUCUUCCUCGCCAUCUUCGGGUUCUGCCGUCGCCGAUGCAGACAUUGGUUUGUCCAGAAAGGUGUCCUAGGCGCGUAUACGCUGUCCUUCUCGCUGGCAACGUACGUGCUCGGUUCCAUGCAAUCUUCAGAGUUGAAGAGCAGCAUGUACCCUAUUUGGGCCAUAUCUCUCUUCAUGCUUCAUGCUUGCACCGACUCUAUCACUGCUUAUAGUCUCGAUGACUACAAGCAAGUAACAAGACUCAAUUACCAGGCUUUUAUGUACUUUAUGUACACGAUGUUGCUUUUGAUCACAGUGCAUACGGACUACAGCUUAGCACUUGGUUAUAUGGCUUUUAUUGCUUUUGUCAGAUAUUUGCAGAGACUGGGGGUAUGUGUGCUAGCAAGCCGCUCAUGGAACUUGAACAAAAUGGUUGCUGAUUAUUACAUGUAUAAUAAUGAUGAAAAGUAUAGCAAGAGUGUAUCUGAUCCAGCCACCAUGGAAGGUUGCAAUUACCUGGUUGAUUGGCCCGUUAGCAAAUUCAAGUGUGAUGCUUCGACGUCAUAUGCAACACAAUUAACAGUGGGGGGUCAUGAUGAAGAAGAAGAUGAAAUCAUUGACAUUGGGAAAAUAUGGCGGUGCAAGGACAAGUCACUAGGCCCAGAGCUGAAGGAUGCAUGCCUUUCCUUUUCUCUUUUCCAUGUGCUGAGACUGCGCUUCUUUGGAUUUGCGCGCGGCGAAUCCAAAGACAGGGCGGCACGUAAUUUUGUCUUGGAGGUGCUCCUACCAGACCCAGAGUACAAACUGGAUGGUGCUACAGACCACAACAGGGUGUUGAAGGUGAUCGAGGUUGAGUUAGCAUUUAUGUAUGACUUCUUCUUCACCAAGCAUGCUAUCAUUUAUUAUGGGUCGGUGGCAGCAACAAUCUGGUCCCUGAUUUCAGUCAUUGGUAUAUCUAUCACGGCGUACAUUACUGCGAGGGCUCCAUUGAAGAUUUCUCAGGGUGAUUCCGCAAUCACGAGCACUGUUACAGAUGAUGUUGUUAUAACAUUGGUGAUACUUGGAUCCACUGCUUUGCUUGAAUUCAUACAGCUGCUAUUUUACUGGACGGGAAUCUGGGGCAGAGUAUCAUUUGUUUGCCAAUCUAUCAGACAAGAAGCAAGAUUGAACCCGCAAAGGAAGAAAACAAGGACAAGGGGAAGCUGUCACACUCACAUCAUGGGAUUAAAGGGGUUUCUUGCCAACAUUGGUCUGUCACGUGCAUCAAACAGCCACUACUGGCAGCACAAGCUUGGGCAGUACUCAUUACUUGAUUCAAUCAGCUGCAAUCCGAGGCCAUCGGCGGUUACAUUUUCUCUCUUCACGCGCUUGUUGGUGCUGGUUUGGAGAUUUGUUUAUCUUUUCGAUUGGGUUUUUCAUCAUAGCCUAAAUGAUCAGGUAUCCAGGGCCCGAAAGAGAGCUUGGAAAUCUGUGGAGUUGCCUGAUGAAGUAAAGAAGGCGGUUAUCUGCUCACUUGAACAUAGUGGUGGUACACUAAGCAAUGGGAAAUCUUCCUUACGGUUCAAUGGAGCACAUGACCUCUUAUGGGCUUGCAAGUGGGAAUUGCACCCGGAUCCAAGCUGGUCCCAGAGGAAGCAGAAUCAGACUCACAUUAUUUUGACUUGGCACAUUGCAACAUGGUACUGUGAGAUGGCAACACUUUCUAAAAAUAGGGCAGCAAAACAGGACAUGUAUUUUAGCACUGCCACAAAACUGUCGAAAUAUUGUGCAUACUUGGUGGUCUCUGUGCCAAAGCUUCUUCCUGGGCAUCACUAUGAUACUAGAAGCAAAUUUGAUGCAGCUGUAGUAGAAGCAAUUACACUCCCGCCAGAGUCGACGAGCAUGUAUGAGGCCAUGAGGAAGUUAACGGUACAACAGGAGCCGAAGACGAUCUUUGAGAGCGGUGUGAAACUGGGGAAGCAACUGGAGGAAAUGGAAGAGGGCGCCCGUUGGAAGGUGAUGGCUGAUUUCUGGGCAGAGAUGCUGCUCUACCUCGCGCCAUCUGAUAAUGUCAACGAGCACAUCGAGCAGCUUGCGCAGGGUGGGGAGUUCAUCACCCACCUCUGGGCUUUGCUAUCUCAUGCAGGCAUCCUUGAGAGAGAUCACGAGCAUCAAGCUGGGGGCGUGUAACCAACAACGCUUGCAUAGUUUCAUUUUCACUGCUUUCUCUUUCUGUGAGUGUGUUGAAUUAAUUCUGUUUGUUGUAAUAUGCGGCAUGUGCCGCUGUUUGUAUUUGAUGCGUGAACAUUGUGAUUGGUUUAUUUGUGGCGUGCGAUAUGUCUGUAAGUCCAAACUUAAUUGAGUUUUCUGUAUUUUUUGAUUAUUGAUUGUACCGAUCGAUUUUGCUGUAAUGCAACCCAUGGCUACU